GCUGAAGAAGCUGUCGAGCUGAAAAGCCAUUUUGGAACUCGUCCGCGAAGAUGCGAGUCGCCGCUUUGUUCAUGGCCGCGAUCGUGGCGCUGGCUGCGGCACAACAGACGCCCACAGACAUCAAGACCUUUCGCAAAUGCCGGCACACGAGUUAUGUUGCAGAGGGCAACGAGAUCUUUGCCGUCGAUCCUUUGACACCGACCACAAAGACCCCCAUUCAAAUUAAGGGCGUGCAAUGGAUGGGAAUGGAAACUCCCGACGGCAUUCCCGCCGGCAUGUGGGGCAAUGGGACAAUCCAGCGUGACUCGGGGAUAUCAGGCACGGCCCUCGCCGACAUGCUCAAGUUCCUGUACGCCAACAAAUUUAACACCGUCCGACUGCCGUUGUCUGCCAGAAACUUCAUCGACACGACUUACGCGCCCAAGGUGACCAAUAUCCACGGCGAAAAUCGAGAAAUUGCGUUGUAUGACAAGGGAUUCACUCCCAAGAUGGCGGAUUUUGUCGCUCGAUUCAUUGGGAGCUUCCAAAAGUACCGCAUUUCCGUGGUUUUGGACAUUCACACGUUGACAGAACAGUUUGCGCAAGACGCAUUUUGGUACUACCCCACCAAGGGAGCCGUGGAAGAGUCCAUCGCGUACAAGACGGCCGUUCUCCUCGCCACGUACUACUGCAAGCCCGAGUACUGGAACGUGAUGGGCAUCGACUUGAAGAACGCCAUGACGGAAGUCGACUGGCCGUCCAAAGCCAGCACUACAUUGGACUGGCCGUCUGCGGCCGACGCGAUUGCUGCCAAAGUCAACGAGCUGUGUCCGCAAUGGCUUGUCUUCGUCGCAGGUAGCAGCAAGGGCAGCUUCACCGUGAAAACCAACAGCUACAAGGUCUGGCCUGGCAUGAACUUUGUGAACGCGACGGUUCGUCCGCUUAAGGCAAAAAACAUCGUGUACACCCCGCAAGCGUUCACGCAAGGCGUCGAGCCGUUGGGAUUCUUUUUCGACCCCAAGAGCAACUGCUCGACUGCUAUUUUGGCCGACAAGGACACUGAGUGCGUCGUGAUUGAGAACGGACUCAAGGUUCCCAACACGAAGCGGGCACUGUCGUGCGAAAAUUCCAAGCUCCAGUGCCAGUCAUUCACGCCGCUGUCGACGUCGGACAUGUCGGCGCUGUACCAGCGCCUGCUGGACGAGACCGUCGGCCCUGUCGUCAAAGAAGCGAAGGUCCCGGUCGUGUUUGGGUCGUUUGGCGGAGUAUACGGGUCGAGCCAGCCGCUCCAGUCGUCCGUUCUCGAUUUGAUCAUCAAGUACCUCGCGACAUCGACGGCGGGAGGGUUCUACGCCUCGUUGAACCCAGACACGGAAAUGUGGCUGGAAGCUCCCCCCCCGGGCAACAAAACCAUUGGGAAAGCCCGCUACGGCCUUAUGACGUCCAAGUCGUGGCAAGUCCCGAACGCCGACCUGUUGGUGGCGUUAAGCGGUCUCAAGUCUUCGGACAUCCCAUGCUAUGGCGACGAAGUGCCUGGGCCCCCUGACACCAAGACUGGCACCGCGUCCACGUCGUGGGUGUCCUUCAUCGCGGCUGCCGUCGCUACUGCUUGUGUUUUGCUGGCCUAAUUCAAGCAUUUUCACCUUAGGUAGUGUGCACGGCGAGUCGACCCACAAAUAAUUUCCCAGUACACCUGGAAUCUA